AUGACGAGGAUCAUGAAACAGCUGAAAGUUGACGAGGAUGGCUGCCGUGAAUGGGCAGUGCUGCAACCCGUCGAGCACUAUGUUGUCCCCAAGGGCGGUUUUGACGCCUUGGAGUCCGACUAUGACGUCUCCCAGUACCCAAACACAACCGACUUCAAGGGGACAUGCAGAGGAACGCUUUGGGAAGAAGACAUGUUUCAUUAUUGA